UUGAGCUCAGUCUAAAAACGGCAGUUAGAGCGAUUGACCAGUCAUCUGCUGCCCCUGCUGCACACACACACUAGUCAGAUAGACAGUUAGUCAGUCAGUCAGUCAGUCAGUCAGUCAGUCACUAGGCGCUUGUUCGUUCUUGUGUUCCGCUCCGAAUUAAGUUGCUUUGAUUAUUCGUAUUUGAAAUUGAAAUUGACCUUCUUGGUGGACGCGUUUUAGUGAAAACAAUAAAAGCAAAAAUCGAAUCAUAGACACAAAGAAAUCGUAGAACGAACAGCAACAAUAACAGCAAUGACGCCGGUAAAGUUCUAUUUCGAUUUUCUUAAUCAGGCUAGCCGAUCCCUUUACAUACUAUUGGAGGCAUCCAAGAUUCCAUUCGAGGCGAUACCCAUAUCAAUGGUCAAAGGUGAGCACUUAACGGGCGAGUUUCGGGACAAAGUCAAUCGGUUCCGCAAGCUGCCCGCGAUCACCGAUCACGGCUAUCAACUGUCCGAGAGCGUGGCCAUCUUCCGUCAUCUGGCGCGCGAGAAGCUCGUGCCGGAGCACUGGUAUCCGCACCGUCACCUGGGCCGCAGUCGUGUCGACGAGUAUCUCGCCUGGCAGCAGACCAACAUGGAUGUGGCGUGCACCGACUACUUCCAGCAAAAGUGGCUGGUGCCCUACCUACAGAAAACGCGACCCUCCGAUAAUGCGGUGAAUUCAGCUAGCAAGCAGCUGGAGCACACGCUUAAUGACUUCGAGGAGCUGUUCCUGAAUUCCCGUAAAUUUAUGCUAGGCGAGAACAUUUCGUAUGCGGACCUCAGUGCCAUCUGCGAAAUAGACCAGCCGAAGAGCAUUGGCUACAAUACCUUCAAGAAUCGAAAUAAGCUGGCCCGCUGGUACGAAGCAGUGCGCGAGGAGCUGGGCCCCUACUACACCGACGUCCAGAAGGAGUUCGAGGCCAAGCUGAAGCUGACCAAUGAUGCUGCGCAGGGCGAGAAGCAGGCGCAGGCGGUCAAGCAAUGAUCAGCCCAGAUCGCAGCAGCUUUUGUUUAUAUAAAUGUCUAUAUAUGUAUAUAUACCCUGUACACAUUGGAGAGAGGGUGUCGUUGGGACGCUGUAGUAUGCUUACACCUACUUUUGUCUGUCUUUCAGUUUGUUUAUCAUUUUAAGAUCGUUUCAGGAUCGAUUCAAAUAUCUUUUAGAACUAACUUUUUCACAUCGGAAAUUCGAACUCUAACUUUUCACUAGUCUUAAAUCGAAUCAGUCUACCUAAUGCCUACAGGGUUAAAAAUUCUAUAUAUUCGGUAACCGAAGAUAACUUUAUUUUGUAUUUUGUAUUUUUUUUUUUUUUUUUUUACCGUAUGUAGCUGUUACGUAUUAAACUGUGUGUAUAUUUUAAGAGAGCUAUGUUAAAAUAUUGUAUCGCAAGAAACCCCCGAGUUUUAAGCUAGUUUGGUCUACAUUGUAAAGCCGCUCUGAUAUAUUGUUACGAAUCGAUGUUUUCUACAGACUUAUAUGUGAAGCGAUAUAUGUAUGUACCUUAAAGAUAUUUGCCUACCUGUUCCCGCAUCUAUUCCACUGUGAUGAGAGUAUUCGACAGUCGAUUGUAACCGACUGCACAGUUCUCACUUGUUGAAAUGUACGACUUUAAUAAAUUGGUUUUGUUUUUA